AUGACAAAAUCAACUAGCCUUUCCUCGGGUGCAGAACAGACACAGGAAAAAGAGAGUGUUGCCGUAGAGUUGAUGAAGCAUGAAAAGGAAGUUGGAGUUCCUUCUAAUGAACUUGGUUCAGCAAACGCAGCUACUGAACAGAAACAGGAAUCUACAUCAGAAAUAAGAAAGGACUCUAUAUACAGAAGUACUGGGAGACCUAAAAAGACAGACAUAAUUAAAUCACUUGUGACAGAUCAGGAUGCAUCUAGAAACUGUAAACUAUAUCUGCCUGUGUCUAGUAAUUGUUCAGCAGUGGAGUCAUCUGAGGACAGUGAGGAGGACAUGUAUCGUGAUGCAGAAGAAAUAGAGAGAGAGAAAAUAUUACUUUGUGAGACAAGCUCUUCAGAAUAUAAACUAAGUGUUGCACCUGAAAUGGAUGUCAUGGAGUAUUGCAGAAAAGAGUGGAGGGGAGAUACACCAGUAGCAAAAAGGAUGAGAAAGGGAUAUGAAGCAGUUGCUCAGAAGUUUGCAGCUAUAAGGAGAGUACGAGGUGAUAACUAUUGUGCUCUCAGAGCAACUCUUUUCCAGGCACUAAGCCAAGCUACCCAGUUACCAAGCUGGCUGCAGAGUGAGGAUUUUACUAUGCUUCCUGAAAACUUGAUGAGCAAAUAUGACUGGAUCAAGCAGUGGCAGCUAAAACAGAAAUUGGGCAGGAAGAUGGGAGGAAUAAGUGAUGAAAUUAAAGAAUAUUUAAUACUUCUAAGGAAAAAGUGGAAGAAUAUAAGUGAAAUCAAGGGUCCUAUUGAGAAACAAGAAGCUUGUGAUAAAUUGUUUAAAAAUGAAGAGGAGGAGUAUAGUCUCUAUGAAGCACUGAAAUUUUUGAUGCUUAACACCGCCAUCGAAUUAUACAACGAUGAUAGAAAUGGAAGGAGAGUUCCUGUCUUCUCCUGGUUACUGUUUGCACGGGAUACAUCUAGCAACCCUUGUCAGUUAAUGCAUAAUCAUUUGAAUCAUAUUGGUCACAGUGGAGGCCUUGAACAAGUGGAAAUGUUUCUCCUUGCUUAUGCUCUGCAGUAUACCAUCCAAGUGUAUCGAUUGUAUAAAUAUAGUACUGAUGAAUUCAUCACACUCUACCCCAAUGACCCAGAAGAGGACUGGCCUGUGGUGACUCUCAUUACUGAAGAUGACAGACAUUAUAAUAUUCCAGUCAGAAUGUGCCAAGAGACUAUGCUGUAAACAAGUGAUUUUUGGCAGACAAACCUGUGCUGUUUAUUGAGGGUUUCCAGCACUAUUCUGAAACAGGAUGAUGAUUACAUCUGCAUUAUUAAAUCUACAACAACUUGAAAUC